UAAUUUGCAAGAGGAGUACUUGAAAAUUCUGAAAUUAUAAUUAUAAAUUUGUGAUUUACAUUUAAUGAUCAUGAUAGAUCCAGCAAAGGAGCUUUUAAACUGGGAUACACGUUUCAACAUCUUCGAAGGGAUUGCUCAAGGACUGCUGUACCUCCACAAAUAUUCGCGAUUAAGGAUAAUUCACAGAGAUUUAAAAACCAGUAAUAUAUUACUUGACGAGAACAUGACCCCCAAAAUUUCUGAUUUUGGACUCGCAAAAAUCUUCAAUCAGAAUGUGAUAGAAGAAAAUACAAAUAGGCGUGUGGGGACAUAUGGUUACAUGGCUCCUGAGUAUGCAAUGCAGGGUAUUUACUCUGCCAAAUCAGACAUCUAUAGUUUUGGAGUUUUAAUGCUUGAGAUUGUGAGUGGUAAAAAAAAACAAUAGCUUCCACAAUC